AUGGGCCUCACUCUGAACCCCUGGCUGUGGUCCCCAGGCCUCACUCUGAACCCCUGGCUGUGGUCCCCAGGCCUCACUCUGAACCCCUGGCUGUGGUCCCCAGGCCUCACUCUGAACCCCUGGCUGUGGUCCCCAGACCUCACUCUGAACCCCUGGCUGUGGUCCCCAGACCUCACUCUGAACCCCUGGCUGUGGUCCCCAGACCUCACUCUGAACCCCCUGGCUGUGGUCCCCAGGCCUCACUCUGAACCCCCUGGCUGUGGCCUCACUCUGAACCCCUGGCUGUGGUCCCCAGACCUCACUCUGAACCCCUGGCUGUGGUCCCCAGACCUCACUCUGAACCCCUGGCUGUGGUCCCCAGGCCUCACUCUGAACCCCUGGCUGUGGUCCCCAGGCCUCACUCUGAACCCCUGGCUGUGGUCCCCAGGCCUCACUCUGAACCCCUGGCUGUGGUCCCCAGGCCUCACUCUGAACCCCUGGCUGUGGUCCCCAGGCCUCACUCUGAACCCCUGGCUGUGGUCCCCAGGCCUCACUCUGAACCCCUGGCUGUGGUCCCCAGGCCUCACUCUGAACCCCUGGCUGUGGUCCCCAGGCCUCACUCUGAACCCCUGGCUGUGGUCCCCAGGCCUCACUCUGAACCCCUGGCUGUGGUCCCCAGGCCUCACUCUGAACCCCUGGCUGUGGUCCCCAGGCCUCAAUCUGAACCCCUGGCUGUGGUCCCCAGGCCUCACUCUGAACCCCCUGGCUGUGGUCCCCAGGCCUCACUCUGAACCCCUGGCUGUGGUCCCCAGGCCUCACUCUGAACCCCUGGCUGUGGUCCCCAGGCCUCACUCUGAACCCCUGGCUGUGGUCCCAGGGCCUCACUCUGAACCCCUGGCUGUGGUCCCCAGGCCUCACUCUGAACCCCUGGCUGUGGUCCCCAGGCCUCACUCUGAACCCCUGGCUGUGGUCCCCAGGCCUCACUCUGAACCCCUGGCUGUGGUCCCCAGGCCUCACUCUGAACCCCUGGCUGUGGUCCCCAGGCCUCACUCUGAACCCCUGGCUGUGGUCCCCAGGCCUCACUCUGAACCCCUGGCUGUGGUCCCCAGGCCUCACUCUGAACCCCUGGCUGUGGUCCCCAGGCCUCACUCUGAACCCCUGGCUGUGGUCCCCAGGCCUCACUCUGAACCCCUGGCUGUGGUCCCCAGGCCUCACUCUGAACCCCUGGCUGUGGUCCCCAGGCCUCACUCUGAACCCCUGGCUGUGGUCCCCAGGCCUCACUCUGAACCCCUGGCUGUGGUCCCCAGGCCUCACUCUGAACCCCUGGCUGUGGUCCCCAGGCCUCACUCUGAACCCCUGGCUGUGGUCCCCAGGCCUCACUCUGAACCCCUGGCUGUGGUCCCCAGGCCUCACUCUGAACCCCUGGCUGUGGUCCCCAGGCCUCACUCUGAGCUCUCUGCCAGAAUCCUGGUGAAGUGUAGAGCAGCAGGUUCCUGGGUGUAUAACCUCCUAACCAUCUGUGUGGUGUUGUUCCAGGUGUAUAACCUCCUAACCAUCUGUGUGGUGUUGUUCCAGGUGUAUAACCUCCUAACCAUCUGUGUGGUGUUGUUCCAGGUGUAUAACCUCCUAACCAUCUGUGUGGUGUUGUUCCAGAGUAUAUAA